AUGUCACAACCACAAGACCAUUCUUCAAACAUAAAUCUCAGUACUACGACGACAACCACACCAACAACAGCAACUGCAUCAUCAACAGUUCCAACAAUUGCAACAACUACUACUGCAUCAUCAUUAUACGAAUCCUCGACACCAAAUAACAACAUUAACAACAACCACCAUCACACAACUACGACGACAACAACAACAACGAUUACUGAAUUAGGAGAUUCUCAUUCGCUUUCCUUUCUUUCUCCCCUCAUUCUUUCAAGUCAUCUUCAUUCGUCAUUGUCGUCAUCAUCAUCAGUAACCAACUUUCAAGGCUCUUUCUUCUCCAAUAACAAUAACAACAAUAUGCUGUUUGCAAGUCAAGAACAACAGUUUCCUUCUUCUUCUUCCUAUUCGACUCUCAUGGAAGAUGAUUUUCAUCACUUUCAACCAUCUGAACAUGAACCAUCAUCAUCAACAACAACAACCAUUCUAGUCGACACCAUGACAACCACGAGUCAACAUCCUCAUGAUGAUGAUUUAUUUGGUACGAAUCCUUCGGGAACAACAACGAGUGUUGUCCAUGAUGACUCACAUUCUCUUCUACUGAGCCAACUGUAUGGAAUGAUGCCAUCUUCCUCUCAAUUCGAGUUACAACAACAACAACAACCACCAUCAUCAUCAUCACAAACAUUCUCCCAAUCGUUUCAAACUUCGAUGAAUGCCACCACUAGUACUACUAAUAGAAGGACACAAUCCUCUCAACCACAAGAACAAGAGAAUAUUCUUCCAUCGUCUUCCUUGUCAUCAUCGACGACAGUAGCAUCAACAACAACAGUGGAGGAAUCACCUUUAACAUCAUCAUUGAUCAAAUCAUCCACUUCUACUCUAUCCUCUGUCACAUUUACCAUUUCUCAAUUACAGCCCUAUUUUGAAACGCCGAUCAAGAAUGUGGCAGCCAUGUUGAAUAUUUCACUCACGCAAUUGAAAAGAAUUUGUAGAGGAAUUGGGAUACCGCGAUGGCCCUAUAGAAAAAUUCAAUCAUACAAGAGCAAGAUUAAUGAAAAGAGAAUCAUCUUGGAAAAGCUCGAAAAACAAGACUCCCCUGGCAUUCUUCUCGAUCCCAUUAAAAAGCAUCAACUCACCUCACGAAUUGAACAAUUACGAAAUGACAUUAUGAAAAUUGAAAAACAAAUCCUUGCCAUUAAGAAUGAUCCAAAAUCUGUGCUUCCAUCGAGUAGUAGUGAAGCAACUGAGAGUUCACAUGCUGGCGCUGGAGAAUCUGACGAUGAUGCAGAAACAACCACUUCUUCAGCUCAUCAAAGUAGUAGCAUGUCGAUUUCAUCUUCAUCAUCCACUCAACAACGAGUCAUUACAAACACUCAUAUUAGAAAUAUAAAUACUGGAUCCAUGAUUGGACAAAUGAGAUCAGUGGUGCAUGUUGGAAAACAACCUCAGAGAAGGUCACAAGCAAGCAAAUUGAAUGUUGUGGUUCAAGAUGUUCCACAAACAUCACCAACUCAACAAACUCCUUCUUCUGCUCAACAUGUACAAAAUUAUCAACAACAAAUCUCACCUGUGACAACGCCUAGCUCAGUAUCUUCUACCACACAAUUAAAAAGGAAAAAGAGACCUGACCUCAAUGACAUGUCACAACAACAAGCUCAACAAAUAACGACACAAGCUCAACAACAAGGAUUCAUGAUGCCACAAACUUUCACGUCGGGAUAUCCAAUGGUGAGUGGAAUGACGCCUCAAUUUACAUCCAAUGUUGCAACUCAAGGAUUGAUGACAUCAUUGAUGGGAACUGCAGGUCAAUAUAAUUAUGGCACCAAUGUCAUGUUCGAUCCAACCUCUUCGACUCAAAUACCCUCCAUCAUUUCACAACCAACGUCACAACAAUUUCAUUUAGGUCAACUGUUAGCCCAGCCUUCUGCUGUGACAGGCGCCUCCACAGUUGACACUUCUGCAACAAGAAAGAAACGCAAAAUGAGCGCACCAGUCACUCCAAUGAUUCAACAACCAUCCUUGCAAUUACAACAACCUCAACCAUCCAUUCAACAACAGCAACAACAAUUUUCCUCGGGCCAUCUUGUCAGUACUCAAUAUUUCCAACCAGCUCAACAAUCACCAACGACAGCUCAAUAUUAUCACGUACGAUCACCAACAGUUGCAGAUCCAAAUUUCACACUUCAACAACUCAUUUCACCUUCAAGCAUGAAUGUUGCUUCCCAAAAUUUAUUUGCAUCCAGUGGCAGUAGUGGUGGUGGAAAUGUUGGAAGUCAGACCUCUGACUAUUCAAGUGCACUCUUGAUGAGCAUGAUGCAGAGAAAAAGUACGACCGAUUAUUCCACACAGUUUUCUCAACAAUUGUCACAACCCACACCGUUCAACAUUUUCAAUACUUAUAUGGAAAGUAGUUCUACACAACAACAACAAGCUCAUCAACAAGCGUCACAGUUUGAUUCAUCAUCCACUACGGUAUCCUUUCCGUCUCACUUUUCACAGUCAUUUCCUCAGCAACAGCAACAACAACAGUCAUCAACUAAUCAAACAACAUCCACUCCACUAGGCAAUACUCAAGUUCAGCAAUUCUUUUCAUUUCAAAACACACAACAACAACAACAAAAACCCUAUCAUCAACCUUGA